UUUUUUUUUAAGCUCAAUGGACAAAGACACGUCAGCAUAUACUCAAAAGCCUGAGGAACACACUGAGGCUGAGGACCAACCUCAGACUGAGACACCUAUCUGGGCAUCCUCUGAACCGGACGUAUCCUCUCAGGACCCUGUUCCUCCACCUACCUACGAUCCUUCGACCUUCUCGGCUCCAAUAGAUGCAGUCCCUACUUUUAAACCACGCAAGACCAACAGGGUCUCUGUUCUUGCUUACCCUACCAAUGAUGACUCACAGGGCUCAACUAGCACUCCUAUCACUACGACGGCCAGAUCAGAUAGUCCGAGUCUUCCGGCUCCUCAUCAAUUCGGGGGUGGACCUCCUAGUCUUAUAGGCUCAUCAUUAACAUCCGUUACCCCUCCACCUCCUUCGGGAGCUUCGGGAAUCAAAUUACCUCCGCCGCCUACCAAGAGUUUGGGCACCGGGCCUGCACCCGUUCCUUAUACGAAAGGCGACUUUAGGACAGCAGAGAUUGUGAACCAUUGGAAUGAUCCACCUACUCAGAUCUUUGCAAAGAAGGCACAGGGUGAAGGGGCAGCUGCACAUGAUUUUGGUCCGAUGAAAGAAGCCCUGGCAUCCAUUAUCAAGGAUUGUUCGGCAAAUGUACCUG